AUGGCGCGCCCAAUCAAAGUGGUGAGGGACAUUAACGACUCAAAGGAUUUGUGGAAGAUUGUUGUUCGUAGUAAACAUAUGUGGACUGUGGCAAGUUCCUCAAACAAAGAACACUUGGAGUUGAUUUUGCUUGAUUCAAAGCUUGACAUGAUUCAAGUCACUGUCCCACUGCAUUUGUACUCGAAAUACUUGGUUGAACUUAUUGUGGGAAGUUCAUACAUCAUACAGAAUUUCAAGGUUUCAAAUAAAAAUUUCUCUUUUAAAUCAACUAAUCAUGGUUUCAAGUUGGUCUUUUGUGGCUCAACUUCUGUUAAAAAAGCAGAACUACCAAACAUCCCUGUAAAUUAUGUCAACAUACUUAGUUUGUCAUCCAUAGCUGAUGGAAGGUUUCAAUCUAAUUUGUUAUUUAAUGUUGUUGGAGGAGUUAUUGAAAUUGUGCCGACUCAAAUCAUGGCUGAUAACAACAAAAGCAAAGUUGUGUUUAUGAUAACUGACAUGAGCAAAACUUUAGUUCAAUAUACUAUAUGGGAUCAGCUUGCUUUGGAAUUUUACCAAUACUACAAGAGUCACAAUGAAGAAGAAAAUGUUGUUUUAUUGCAGAAUGCAAGGAUAAAGGGCGCCUAA